GUUAAGGUUAGAACUCAUAUCAUUCCUCUUCAACUCUCAUUGGUUCACGUUUGUGGUGUUGUCGUCCAUUUGUUUCCAAUACACGCUGAAGAGAUAACUCUUAAGCUGAUAACUGAGCUGCUAAUGGUAUUCCUAUUUUGUCUGUAGCUCGUUGGAUUAAACAUCUGAUAAAUCAUUGUCUUUCACUAUAUAUACAUAUAUAUUGUCGCAAUCUUCAAAAGUUUCAGUGUAACGCGUGAAGCAUCGACGUAUACAAUGGCUGACACUGCAAAAGGCAGCAAAAGAGCACCAGCGGAAGGCAGUCAGUCCCCUAUUUCUCACAGUAUCUGUGGCAUACUUGGUUUGGAAAGCGUAGCAGAAAAAGAGGAAGUCAAAUUAGACACAACCCAAGACAUAGACCAGGAUCAACACUCCGUGGCGACUGAAGAGGAUCGAGAAACUACACAGAAGCAAUUAGACGGUAAUGAGAGUGCAACUGUUGAUGAGGAGGAAAUCAUGAACGGGGAUGCUGAAGUUUCCAGCGAGAAUGAUACGGAGGACAAUGAAUCGACAAAUGACGCGUCAGCAAGUCUUAACGGAGUAAAUGGUUCAAAGAAAAAGAAAACGCGAUACAGGACAACAUUUAGUUCGUAUCAAUUGGAAGAGCUUGAAAAGGCAUUCGACAAAGCACCAUAUCCUGAUGUCUUUGCCCGCGAAGACUUGGCUGCGAAAAUUGGCCUGACGGAGGCCAGAGUACAGGUUUGGUUUCAGAACAGACGAGCUAAAUGGCGAAAACGUGAAAAGAUGAGGACAUUUGGAUUUGCUCCUCAUAUAUUCUGUACAGGAUUUGAUCGAUAUCCAUUUCCAUCCCCAGCUGCAUACCCCUACCCCUCAAGUGCUGUAGCAUAUUAUCACCAACAGGAUCCCUGUGUCAAUCCUUCUUUAUACCCAGAUCUACAUAGCACUAUGGACAUUCGGGGGUAUUUAGCACGAUAUGAAUGUUCAACCAACAGCAGUUUGGGACCUUUGGGUACGUCAAUGCAUCAUUGCUCGUGUAAUGGAGUCCAUAGACAACACGUUAUUUCACCGCAAAUCACUUUAACACCACAAUUGUCCCCGAUACCCUACGAUACCAAGAGACACCCAGCUGGAAAUCGAGAUGAAUUCCCCGGAGAGGAACAACGCAGAACAAGCAUUGUAACAUUACGUACUAAAGCAAAGGAGUACGAACUGAGCAAUUUGAAGAUUAAAACCGAGUUCGAAGACAGAGAACGACAAACGCAUGUUGCAUAAUUAUAAAUAUAUUCAGUUUUACUCAUGUAUUAGUAAACCUAAUUCGUAAUCUCAGGGACCUGUCAUCAAUUAUGAAAGCCGGGGAGGUGGUUGGAAGAGACACCUUUUAAACCCUUUCCGUUUCUAAUAACCUUUUUUUUAAUCUCCUAUCAAAUUAUUCAUGCUCCUCCUUAUGUAAGUCCUCACUUCCCCAACAUUGAUGCCAUCAUUCAGAAGGAGACCUGAGCUCCAGUAAGAGUGUGCACCAAUCAAAUUACAUAUUUAGAAACGUAAUGUUGCACUUUCACAGUCCUGGUUAUUGGAAUUUUAAAAUUUACCAAAUGAUUUGUACUAUAAUGCUUUGGUACUGGUUCAUGCCUUGAUACUGGUUCUUGUGAUCGGCGUCCUUUAAUACUUUUAUAUAUAUUAGUGGCACUCAAAAUAAUUUCAAUGGUUUUUGGUGCCCCCUCGCAAUCUCUUCCAACCCUCUCUCCAAAGUAAAUAUAGUUGGUACCUUUUGAGAUGACAUCCGGCGGACGUCUACUUGUGAUUAGAUGGUAAACAAAUACAUCAGUAAAUGUUAAUUUUCCUUGCAUAAUAUCGAAAUACUUAAUCUCAUGCUGGGUGUGAGAAUUUUUUCAAAACACACUUUCAUUUUACCUUAGCAAGCCCACCAAAUGGAAGUCUGGACAGACUUGUAUAUCCAUAAAGAGCACGUAAUGCUGCAUUACUGUCUAUGUAAAUACUAUACAAGUUUAACUUAUUUUGUAAAUAAACAGUAAAUAAACAGUAAAAUUAAGAUAGUAGUAGUAAGAAAAUACUGCUAGAAAUAAAUC